CGGAUGGUCACAGUCGAAUCUUGCCACAACGCGUGAUGGUUUACGGGCAGGCAGCAGGAUGCCUGACUGUUGGCUGAAUGUUUUCAAUUUAUAGCUUUGAAAUACAUGCACCUUAGUGUUUUUUUAACAUCGGAUGAUCAUCGAGGAGAGGCUGAUAUUAACCGACCUAGCACUACGUAGCUAACGAAGUAGCUGAACUGUAAGGUGAUCUGGCUCCCUGGUGUUACCUGUGCCUUGUGACUCCACGGGCUCGAGUUGAUCUGCGUGCCAACCCAUCUCACUGUUCGUGUGAUCCAGUUUUUCGCUGAAGGCGAUAAGGAGCGGCUGUUUGCCUCGCUGUUGAAAGCAUGUGCUUAAGCCAAGCAGUGGUGUGUGUAUGAGCUGUGUAGCCGCUGCUAACUCCACAGGGUCGAGGCUGCCCUGCAGUCUUCCUCACACACAUAGUUGACAACCACUUGGGAGUAGCCAGUCCAAUGGCCACGCCCUUUGUACCAGUGCCUGUACCCAUGGAAGGGGGUCCGGGCAGGUCAGGAAAACCCCGUCGGCCACAGAGGGCAUCAUCUGUGGGCAGUGUCUCCAGCUCCUCAGAGUCCCCUAGAGGUCACGUGGUCACGACCCCACCAGUGCAGUGCCAUAGCCCCGUGACCCGCGCCCGUCUGACAGGUGACCAGCCAGCCGUAGAGUUCAGCACCAGCCCACACCAACCCAGCACCACCUCACCCUCCUCAGAAGAGCGACCCAUCACACCCACCGUUCUGGGCUAUGAGGUUAUGGAGGAAAGGGCAAAGUUCACGGUAUACAAGGUUCUCGUGAAGAAGAAUAGUGAAGAGAACUGGGUGAUCUUCAGACGCUACACCGACUUUUCACGACUCAAUGACAAGCUGAAGGAGAUGUUUCCUGGCUUCCGUCUCUCUCUCCCACCUAAGCGCUGGUUUAAAGACAACUACGAGUCAGACUUCCUAGAGGACCGACAGCUUGGCCUACAGGCCUUCCUGCAGAACCUGGUGGCUCACAAAGACAUUGCUAACUGCACACCUGUGCGGGAGUUCCUGUGUCUGGAUGACCCUCCAGGACCUUUUGACAGUCUGGAGGAGAGUCGGGCGUUCUGUGAGACCCUGGAGGAGAGCAACUACCGCCUCCAGCAGGAGCUGGCGGAGAAGCAGAAAGAGAUCAGCUACCUGAAGACCAUACUGCAGCAGAGAGAUGAGGCCAUUAAUCUACUGCAGCAGAAACUCAGUGGGAAGAGUCCAUGUGUGUCAGCACAGGGCAGUGUGAGCAGUGUGGAAGCAGAACCUGAUGGAGAUGCAGAAUCCUCGACCACAGAGGCCGACCAGGACACAACCCAACUAAACGGGUCGGCGUGCUGGUGUCGACCCGUGUCAUCCAGCUCCCCUCCCCCAGUCAUCCAGGUCACCCAGUUGGAGCACUAACCCAGAAUCCUCUCCUCCUCUUCCUUCUUCCCCUUCCUGUCCCUACGGUCCUAUAUCCUCCCCUUUCUCAUAGUUUUCUGCAUCUGGUUAGGAACUGUGCUAACCACUGCAGAAAGAAAGAGAGGACUGAAGACCCACAUAGGAACAUGUGCAAACACCGCCACCUGCACUUAACAUGGCUGUGUAUGACAAGACAGCUUGAGCUUUUUUAUUCUUGUGCGGCUUGGAAUAGACCAGACCUGAAUCUUUCAAGCAAGCCAUGGGUCGCCAUAUCCGGGCCAUGGUGGAGCAGCUCCCCCAUUGAGGACUGUUGAAGAGAUAAGGGAUAAUCCAACCAAUACCAUGGCGCCUAGGCUUAGGCCACCAGCCAGCCAGCACUCCUUCAGAAACACUCAUCACUUCAUUUGGAUUAACACUGCCUUCACAGUCAUCACCCAUCCCGCUAUCCCAGAUACUCACUCUAUUGUGGCAUUUCUUUCUUGAAUUAUGGGACACUUGUUAAUGCUUUUAAAUAGGUAUGCUAGAAUGUGUUAGAAUGCAUUGCUUGCACUAAAGGCUGAUCUGUGUGUGUGUGUGUGCGUGUGUAUGUAGGCGCGUGUGAGUGCGUGGGUAUGUGUGUGUGCGUGCUUGCGUGUGCGUUUGUGCACAUGUAUAUGUAUGUUCAAAUAUUUGUGCCCGCAUGUACCCAUGUGAGAUGUACAUGCUUAUUUUAUGAUUACCCUAUAUAUUCCGCCAUUCACCAGUACCCGUAACGGACACCUGAUAGGCCUAGGUAUUCUACAUCCUCUACUAUAGCAGUAGUUUAAACUUGUAUGCUAAUCAUAAACUACUACAUACCUGUGCUGGUCUUCUGCUGCAGGAAGACUGGGCCAGUGGCAAAGCCAUCUAAGCUGCUACGGCACACUAACUUUCCUAAUGGGAAUCUAAUCCUCUCCGGGCACUACGAUACAUCUCCCUCCCCCCACUGGUCUGUGUGUGUGCGCGUGUUUGUGUGUUUGUUUGUUUGUGUGUUUGUUUACAUAGAUCACCAGUUAAAGCCAUAUUCUGGGGCGGUUUGUGUUGAAUUUUGCAAGCAAAUCUUGAAAUCAUGAAAAGCCAUAGUAGACAAAUCCAGGUGCGUUUGUGUGAAGAAAACAAAAAAAAAGAUGCUUGUCGAGUCUGUGUGUGUCCGUGUGGCAACUGACCUCAUUCCUGGUUGUGGGCAGUCCAUCAAAUCUCACAUGAUGCACUUUACUGCCCUGAGGGCUUCUGGGCAACUUUAGUUUUGGCUUCCUCUAAAUCGUAGUGCCUUUCCUCACACCUGCACUCUCACUUACUCACUUAGUGUAUGUGUGUCUGCGUGUCUGCAUAGCUUUACUCGCACUGUCUGUUUACGCUCGUGAAUCCAUAUGGCCAGCAACUCAUGCCAUGGACAGUGCCUUGCUUUUGUCCCCCAUCUGUCGGGCCCUUAGACAUUAAUCACGCUUCGGACUACAGACAAUUCCUCAGGAUUGUGAGUUCAUGUGAGGGGUGCUCAGUCUUCUCCACAGAGGGCCUAAAGCAACUUCCCAGUCAUGUGCUUGGACUGAGAUCAGGUGGUCAAUUAGUGCAGUUGUGCUGCUGCUCUGUUGGAACGAAAAUGUGCUGUUACAGCAGGCCUUUGUAGAUAACGUUUGGCUCUACUGGUUUAUGACCUUACAGCUAAUGGGUAUAAAGCUUUCGUCAGGAAUUUGUUGAUGGCCCUGCCAGGGGACAGACCCUGUGGCACAGAACGACGCAGCUCCAGGUCCUCCUCAACAGUCAGCGGAGCUAAAAUCAUCACCAGUUUAACAAUCAGUCCCCCUUCAAAUAAACUUGCUUAAGAAGGGAUACAUUUCUGGAGUGGUGAGCAAAGAUGAUUAGUUGACAUCCUUGAACAUGUAUGUGGGUCAGGGUAUGUGUGUGUUCACUGUACAGAUUGCUGAGGUGACGCUCAAACUGAUUGCAAAAAUGGCAUGUUCGUAGAUUUCACAACCCCCACUCAUGGCCCUUUAUACGAACUUAUUUGAAGACAAAGACGGUAUAUUAUUCUCCCAGAACUGCUGCUGCUGUCUGACCGUCUUUGUUUUUGUUUAGAUUUUGUUUAUCUUUGUUUAGUGUGAGAAGUCUGUGCUAGCAGGUCAGGGAUGGCCAAGUAGCUUGUGGGUUCAGGAAUCUGAUGUUUUUUCUAAGAGAUAAUCACAUUGUAACUUUGACGUAUUUCACAUCACACUAAACUAAUAUUUUCAGGUAAUAAUAAAUCAGUCAACAUGUUUUUCUA